AUGGCUUCACAGGAUACCUUCUUCCGGUCCUCAGACAUGAGCCUGACCCAAUUUUAUAUUGCCAACGACAUCGGAAGGGAGAUUGUAAGCGCUCUGGGUGAGAUCGGCCAAGUGCAGUUUAGAGACCUAAACCCGGAUACCAACGCCUUCCAACGGCCAUUUACCAAAGAUAUUGUUCGCUUGGAUAACGUCGAGAGACAGCUUCGCUACUUUCACUCUCAGAUAACGAAGGCAUCCAUUCCGAUCCGGCCAUCGUCUGAUUUCGCUAAUUUACUAGAAGCCCCGUUAGCUUCAGAGGUCGAUGAAUUGGUUGAACACAGCGAGUACCUCGAACAGCGGAUUCGCGCCCUGAAGGACAGCUACCAAACCCUGAAGGAACGUGAAGUUGAGCUCACUCAAUGGCGUUGGGUUCUGCGUGAUGCUGGGGGCUUCUUCGAUCUGGCCCACAAAAACCCGGAUUCUGUUCGCCAAUCAUUCGACAAUGAUGAUGUACCACUUCUUCGUGACAUUGAGCAACACCCCUCCCCCACCGCGGAUAGGGAGACCCAAGGUCAACGAGGCUUUUCGGGAUUGAACAUUGGAUUCGUUGCCGGCGUUAUUUCCCGGGAGCGAAUCGGGGCCUUGGAACGUGUCCUCUGGCGGACACUGCGCGGUAAUCUCUACAUGAAUCAGUCCGAGAUACCCAGAGUCAGUAUUGAUCCUACAAGCGACGAAGAGCAUAAAAAUGUGUUCUUGAUUUUUGCCCAUGGCAAAAACGUGCUUACCAAAGUUCGAAAAAUCUCGGAGUCGCUAGGGGCUUCUUUAUAUGAAGUUGAUGAGGAUCGAGAAUUGAGGCGAGAUCGGAUCCACGAGGUAAACACACAAUUAGAUGAUAUCGGCCAAGUGUUACAAAAUACGAAAGGUACCCUGACUGCCGAGCUGUCGCAAAUCGCGAAGUCACUUACACAUUGGAUGACUGUGAUUAAAAAGGAAAAGGCCAUUUAUGACAUAUUGAACCAGUUUUCCUAUCAUCAGACGCGCAAAACGCUGAUUGCUGAAGCAUGGUGCCCGACAAACUCCCUCAAUCUCAUUAAGUCAACCCUACAGGAUGUCGACAACCGUGCCGGGCUCUCUACACCUACCGUUAUUAUUCGAGUCCAGGCCGAUUCUGCAACUCCGCCUACCUACAUCCGAACCAACAAAUUCACGGAAGCGUUCCAGGCCAUCGUCAAUGCUUAUCGGAUCCCCAAAUACCAGGAGGCCAAUCCUGGACUUUAUACAGUCGUGACAUUUCCUUUUCUUUUCGCGGUUAUGUUUGGCGAUUUUGGACACGGUACCUUGGUCACUAUAAUUUCUACUGCAAUGAUCUUUUGGGAACAGAGGUUGCAGCGGAUUAAGCUCAAUGAGCUGUUCUAUAUGGCAUUCUACGGGCGAUAUAUUAUGUUGAUGAUGGGCCUAUUUUCUAUAUAUACCGGUCUCAUCUACAACGACAUAUUCUCCAGAUCUUUUACUAUUUUCCCCAGCCAGUGGCAAUGGCCGAAUGAUAUUAAACCAGGUCAAACUGUUGAGGCGUCAUUGAAGGAAGGAUACCGUUACCCAAUUGGUCUAGACUGGAAUUGGCACGAGGCAGAGAAUUCUUUGUUGUUUUCAAACAGCAUGAAGAUGAAGAUGAGCAUUCUCCUCGGCUGGGCUCAUAUGACCUACGCUCUCAGUCUUCAGUAUGUCAAUGGGCGGCAUUUCAAAUCCAAGGUUGAUAUUUGGGGUAACUUUAUUCCGGCGAUGCUGUUCUACCAGUCUAUCUUCGGUUAUCUCGUUAUCACUGUGAUCUAUAAGUGGUCUGUGGAUUGGAAGGGUCGUGGAGAAAGCCCACCUAGUCUGCUUAACAUGUUGAUAUUCAUGUUUCUGAACCCUGGCGCGGUCGACAAACAACUCUAUCCAUAUCAGGGUACGGUCCAGGUGCUACUGCUUCUUAUAGCUGCAGUGCAGGUGCCCAUCAUGCUCUUGUUCAAGCCACUAUAUCUUCGCUGGGAGCACAUGCGUGCCGGCGAUGCGGGAUAUCGUAGUCUUAGUGAGUUGACUGACAUCGGCACGCCGGCCGGCAAUAGCCACAUAGAUGAGGGAACUACUGAAACCUACAACUGCAUGACUAGUGACGGUGCUGGCAGAGUCCAGUGUGUCCACGAUGACGAAGAUCACAAAGACUUUGACUUUUUCGAUGUCAUGAUCCAUCAAAUUAUUCAUACUAUUGAGUUCUGCCUCAACUGUAUUUCGCACACUGCCUCCUACCUCCGUCUUUGGGCUCUGUCUUUGGCUCACCAGCAGCUCUCAAUCGUGCUUUGGAAUAUGACUCUUGGCGCUGCUUUCCAGGCAGAGAACCCCACAAUCCGGCCCAUACUGAUUAUUAUCAACUUUUACCUUUGGUUUACACUGUCUGUUAGCGUCUUGUGUGUUAUGGAGGGAACCAGCGCUAUGUUGCACUCGAUGCGGUUGCAUUGGAUCGAGGCGAUGAGCAAGCAUUUCAUUGGUGAGGGUAUACCCUUCUUGCCAUUCAGCUUCAGAACCAUUCUUGACGAAGAUAACGUCGACUAA